AUGGAACCAACACAUCCAAAAGAUCCAUUGAACUUUGAAGGUGAAGAGGGAAACGCGACACCAGGGCAGACACCAUCCGGCGCACAACCUUCUGAACCUACGUUACCACAAACAGUCAGAUUCGCGUCUGUCAACCAAGAAAUAGAGCCUGCCCAAAGCCUACAAAGCAAUACAGAAGCUUCAGAAUCUCCAAUAUCCAGAGGUGAACUUGGCUCGGGCGCAGAGGAUGAAAUACGGAAUUUGUCCCUGGGACUACAUCAUUCACACUUGCACCAGAGACGGACAAGUAAUUUCGCCUACGAGCCUGUGUCUCUGCCCGUCUCCAGAGCACCUUCGAAUGAAUCAAGUCCAUACCAUACAUCGAGGGAGGCAACACGGUCUGGUGCGCCAUCUCCCAGAAUGUCUCCCCCUUCUACAAUGACUACACCUCCUCUUACACCAGCUGGAAUAGAGCAUCCUGAAGGUUCUCGCCUGAUCCCUGACGGCUCUGGCGCACAUCUGGCCAAAGUUCACCCUGACCCGGUCCAGAUGGCUCCGCAGACUUCAGGUCCUGGGAAAUCUCCAUCUCCGGCAAGCGCCGCCACUUCAAGGCCGUCGACACCUUCAGAUCCCGCCUCUACCCGUCCGACAUCUAUAUCUCAAGGUUCCAACACAGCAGAUCGGUCAAAGCGUGCAUCUGGAUUUGUCAUUGGACCAUCCGAUGGCUCAGCGACACCAGCACAAUCUGACAGCUCCAACUCAAGACCUAGCGAAGGCUCUGUUCCACCUUCGCGAGAGGUUAGUCCUACACAAGCUGCAGAUGCAGUCUCUGGGACAGUCACACCUCCAUCAAGCUACCAAAGACCUUUCACACCAGUCGGCGACCGAGAUGAUCCAUAUGCUAGAAGUAAGAGACCUCCGCAAACGAGAAACCUUGACACAAUCGAUAAAAGAUUCGUCUUUGGUGAUGUGCGGCGUCGAUCUGGCAUCAACUUGACAGGUGGUUCUUCUGGAGCUUUGCCGCGCUCGAACAGUGGCAAUGAUCUUAAAGCUGAGCAUAGAAAAUCGACGUUCUCAAUGCAUGGCUUAGGGGGGCAGAAGGAUCACGUUGCCCAUAUGGAUGAUAAGCCACACGGUUCGAUGUCCGAGUUGAAACGCUUCUUUGGAAUUGGAGGUCAUCAUAAGAAACGUGCACAAUCGCCUGCGAAGUCCGCAAAAGCAUCGCUCAAUAAUAAUUCAGGGGUCAGGACGCCGCCACACCAGCAAGCGAUCGCCAACGUUCCAUUCGCUGAUGAUCAUGGUCUGCAAACCAAGUGGGGGAAAUUUGGGAAAGUCCUCGGAUCAGGGGCUGGAGGUUCUGUCAAGCUCAUGAAGCGGAGCAGCGAUGGCCUGACCUUCGCCGUCAAGCAGUUCCGAGAUCGACAUUCUUACGAGACUGAGCGAGAAUACAAUAAAAAAGUCACCGCCGAAUUUUGCAUUGGAUCAACAUUACAUCACGGCAACAUCAUCGAGACACUAGACAUCGUGCACGAAAAGGGUCAUUGGUAUGAGGUCAUGGAGUACGCGCCGUUUGAUCUUUUUGCAAUUGUGAUGACUGGCAAAAUGUCAAGGGAAGAGGUCGCGUGCUCAUUUCUUCAAAUUGUGAGCGGUGUAACAUUUCUCCACAGCAUGGGGCUUGCCCACAGAGACCUCAAGUUGGAUAACGUGGUGGUGAACGAGCAUGGCAUCAUGAAGUUGAUCGACUUUGGUAGCGCUAGCGUCUUCAAGUAUCCGUUCGAGAACGACAUAAUAUUAGCGAGUGGUGUUGUGGGUUCAGAUCCAUAUUUGGCGCCCGAAGUUUACGAUCAUCCCAAAUAUGAUCCUCAACCCGCAGACAUAUGGUCUCUUGCCAUAAUAUUUGCCUGCAUGUCUCUGCGACGUUUCCCGUGGAAGAUGCCCCGCUUGACCGACAAUUCCUUCAAACUCUUCGUUUCGCCGCCUUCCGCGGGAGCUCCAUCCACUGAGGUCGGGGCCAAGGAAAGAUCAAAGCCUGCAACAGAAGUCACACCUGGCAAUGCAGACGAGCGCCGAAGCUCAGCGCCCGCUCAUCAUAAUGACCAGCCGGGACAGAGCUCGGAAGUCAAAAAUAAUGCUCGUGAAUCUACUAAUCCAGGGUCUCGACUUGACGCUCCGAAAGACAAUGUCAUCAAAGGGCCUUGGCGCCUACUUCGUCUUUUACCUAGAGAAACAAGAACCAUAAUGGGGAAAAUGCUUCAGGUCAACCCCAAAAAUCGAGCUACAUUGGAGGACAUGAUAGCCGAUCCAUGGAUAUCGAGUACACCAGUUUGCCAACAGGUUGAAGGAGGGAAGGUGGUUAAAGCUCGCGGUCACGAGCACACACUAGAACCAGGCACUCCUGCUCCAGCACCCGGCCAGAAGUAA